AUGAAUAUAAAUAAAAAAUAAAAGACAUCUUCUUUUUGUGGAACUUCUAUGUAUUUGGCACCUGAAAUGCUUAAAAGAAAAAGUUAUGGAUUCAAAAUUGAUUGGUAUGCUAUAGGGUUGAUUACUUUAGAAUUACUAACAGGGGAUAAUCCUUUUUAUGAUAGAACAUAAUAGGGAAUUUUCGAUAAGAUUUUGAAUUAAAAACUUAAGAAAGAAAAGUAUAUUUCAAAUGAUGCAUGGGAUUUUAUAAAUUAAUUAAUGGAAAAAGAUGAAAACAAAAGAGCUGGUGUAAAUAUAAAAGCACAUAAAUGGCUUAAAGAUAUUGAUUGGAAAAUUUUAUCUAAUAAAGGCCUUGAAACAGAAAAUAAUAUUAUACCUAUUGGAGAAUUAACCGAUAGAUAAAAUCAAAAUAGUAAAAUAGAUUUAGACGCAGUUAGAAACUAGUAAAUUCUAUAAAUAAAAAAUAAUAAUGGAAUUCAAAAUGCUGGUUGCAAUUAACAAAAGAAAGAAAAAACAAAUCAAGAUACAGCAAUAGUAAAUCCUAAAAAUCUAGCUGAUCUAGACAUUCAUCUUUUUGCUAUAUGUGAUGGUCAUGGAUAAAAUGGACAUUAAAUAUCUUAAUUAAUUUAAAAAAAUUUCCCUUUAAAUAUAUAGAAAUAUUUAUCAAACGAUUUUAAAUAAACAAUAUUAUAAAGUUAUAAAGAAACAAAUAAAUAAAUUUUUGCUCAAAGUGUUGAUUCCUAUCUCAGUGGAUCUACAUUAAUUUCUAUUUUUAUUCAAAAAAAAAAACUUUAUAUUGCAAAUGUAGGUGACUCUAGAGUUAUUUUAGCAAAAUAAAAAGCUUCCAAUACACCUUUUUAUCCUUGCUAACUUUCCACAGACCAUAAACCUUCAUUAGAAAGUGAAAAAAAUAGAAUAAUAAAAGCUGGAGGACGGGUAGAAAGUUAAGCACAUUAUAACGGAUAGCCUGUUGGUCCUCUAAGAGUAUGGUAAUAAAAUGCAGAUAUUCCUGGAUUAGCUAUGACUAGAAGUAUGGGUGAUAGGGCAGGCAUUCCAGCUGGUAUAACUGCUGACCCAGAAAUUAAUGAAAUUUAAUUAACUGCAGAGGAUAAGUUUAUUGUUAUUGCUUCUGAUGGUAUUUGGGAUUUUAUGAAUGAUUUUGAUGUAGUUAAAUGUGUAGAAUAAUUUUAUGAUAAAAAAAAUGCAGAUUAGGCAGCAGAAUGUUUAAUUAAUUAAGCAAUUUAAGCUUGGAAAAAAGAAACUGAUUAUAGAGAUGAUAUUACAUGUACUGUAAUUUUUUUAGAAAAUUGA